GAUUAUUUUUAUUAUUAAUUUUUAAAAUAUUGGUGUCUAUUUUUAGGCACCUAUUAUACUAACAAAUUCCUGAUAAGAGUUUAGUAGGAACUUAAUAUAUUUUUUUUCAUAAAAGAUUCGAAAUAUGGAAGACGCUGUUCGUAUUGCGCCGGAAAUUGAGGAUUUUCUUCAUGCCGUCCGCGCAAGGAAAGUAGAUCAAUCGGAGAACCUGUUAAAACAGAAUCCAUCCCUUCUGAACAGCGUGGAAGCAGGAGGCUACAGCGCGCUCCACUUUGCAGCCUUCAAUGGCGAUAUACCCAUGCUUAAAAUGCUUCUUGAACGCAAGCCAGUCAUCGAUAUGGAGAACUUUGAUGGUAAUCCACCGCUCGUUAUGGCAGUGAGGGGGCAACAGCUGGAAGCUAUUCGUUUCUUGGUGAAUGCAGGGGCUGAUGUGAAUAAGGAAAGUUCUUCAGGACGCACGGCGAUACACUACGCUGCGUCGAUGGGUUGCUUGAAAUCUCUUCAACUACUUAUUGAUCUGGGUUCUAAAAUUCUUUUCGAGUCGAAAGAGUCUGGAAGUCUCCUUCAUUGGGCAUGCCAUUCCGGCGAUAUUGAAUGUAUUGGCAGCAUGCUGUACGUGUACCACAUUCCUGUGAAUAUUACGGACAAACAUGGUGGGACACCACUCUUCACUGCAAUUUUUAUGAAGCAAUUUGCUUCGGUGGAAUUUCUUUUAGAACAUGGUGCUAACCCUAAUAUUGUUAUUCCUGCUGAUGGGACAACACCAUUGCAUAUCGCAGUGGAACACAGCAGCAUAGGAUAUAUUCGAUUACUUCUUGACUGCGGCGCGAAUCCCAUGGCAAAAAAUAAUGAUGAUGAGACGCCGAUUGAUUUUGCGAUUCGCGGCCAAAAAACAGAUUUCCUGAAGGAGUUGAAUAAGCCCCAUCUCCCUUUUGAAAAGCGUGCGGACGAGGCCGUUCGCUAUAAGAACCAUGGAAACAAAGUUUUUGCGCAGGGAGAAUAUGUUAAGGCUGCCAAGUUUUAUACCUUGGCCAUUCAUUUGGAUAAUAAAAACUCGACUUACUUCAGCAAUCGUGCCGUCUCCUACUUUAACCAAAAGGCCUAUGAAAGUGCUUACUGGGAUGCUUUAAGAUGUAUUCAGCUAAAUCCGUCUUGGCCGAGGGGCUAUGUACGCAAAGGCGCUACGGAGUUAAUAUUGAAAAAAUACGCGGAUGCUGUUGCCACGGCUAAUAUGGGUUUAAAUUUCGAUAAAGAUAAUGCGAAUCUUUUGAGUAUAAGGGAGGAAGCCUCUAAUCACUUGAAAAAGGCUUAAUUUAUUGUUUCACACUUAAUUUACAUUAGAGGUAAUGACGUUAACGAAU